CCGAUAUGAAAUACCUUUUCGUAGUCGCCUUUAUCGCCCUGGCCAUCCAGUUGGCUAUGGCCGCUUCUAAUUCCACUAAUACCACCACCACGACUACCACUGAGGCAACCACGACGACCACAGAUUCUUCCACAACGACAACCACCGAAUCGUCCUCCACUGGAACGAAGAAAUGCUCCAAGAAGAACAACUGGUGUGGCACAUUCCGGCCCAAGAAGAAGUGCAAGCACCCCAAGAGGUGCCACAAGACCAUCGUGAGGGUGACCCACAGGAAGGGCUAAGCUAAGAAGAAUUUUCAUAAGCUUUAUGCCAAAAGUUUGAGUUAAAGAACGAAACUAGCUAUACGGAAAGAAACUAAAUAUAUAUUCAAUGAAAAAUUA